AGAGAUUCCUCGCUGUCUGAACUGAAAUAAGAUCGCAUUAAACUCAAAGCGCUCACAAAGACAAAGAUUUUCUUCCCAUUUUCUUUCUCUUCUCUUCGAUCUCUCUGAGCUGAAAGGUAACAAAUGGAGAACCCUCCGGAUCAAACAGAGUCAAAGGAAAUUCUUCGACCCAGAACCACAAGACCAAAGGGUGGCCUUCUCACUAUGCCCUUCAUCAUUGCAAACGAGGCGUUCGAGAAAGUGGCGAGCUAUGGAUUAGUACAGAACAUGACUCUGUAUCUGAUAAGUGAUUACGGAUUGGGAGUUGUGAAAGGACAAUCCGUGUUGAACAUGUGGCUCGCUUCUUCUAAUUUCAUGCCUCUCGUUGGAGCUUUUCUCUCUGAUUCCUAUUUGGGUCGCUUUCUCACCAUCGCCAUUGCCUCUCUCUCCAGUUUCCUGGGGAUGGUGGUUCUAUGGCUAACGGCGAUGUUACCUCAAGUGAAGCCAUCACCGUGUGCCGGAACAAACUGUGUUUCCGUGGGAGCAACGUCUUCUCAGUUGGCUCUUUUGUACUCAGCAUUUGCACUUAUAUCUAUUGGAUCAGGCGGAAUCAGGCCGUGUUCUUUGGCCUUUGGUGCUGAUCAAUUGGACAACAAAGAGAAUCCCAAGAACGAGAGAGUUCUUGAGAGUUUCUUCGGUUGGUACUACGCUUCUUCAUCUGUUGCAGUCUUGAUCGCUUUCACUGUCAUCGUCUACAUUCAAGAUCAUCUAGGAUGGAGAAUCGGGUUUGGAAUACCCGCGAUUCUCAUGUUGCUCGCGGGUAUUGUGUUUGUUUUCGCGUCUCCUCUCUACGUUAAACGCAAUGUGACCAAGAGCCUGUUCACUGGUUUAGCUCAAGUGGCUGUUGCAGCUUACGUGAACAGGAAUCUAACUCUACCGGAUCAUGAUGACUCCUAUGGUUGUUAUUACCACUUGAAAGAUUCUGAACUCAAAGCUCCAAGUGACAAACUGAGGUUUCUGAACAAAGCUUGUGUGAUAAGAAACCACGAGGAAGACAUUGGAUCUGAUGGUUUGACCUUAAACCCAUGGAGGCUCUGCACAACGGACCAAGUUGAGGAACUCAAGGCAUUGGUCAAGGUGAUACCAAUAUGGUCCACAGGGAUAAUGAUGUCCAUAAACGUUAGCCAAAACGCGUUUCAGUUGAUUCAAGCUAACUCAAUGGACAGACGUUUGAGCAACAACUCCACUUUCCAAAUCCCAGCUGCAUCUUUCGGUAUGUUCACUAUCAUAGCCUUGAUCUCAUGGGUCGUUCUCUACGACCGUGCAAUCCUCCCAUUAGCUUCCAAGAUCCGAGGCAGACCGGUUAGGAUCAGUGUCAAGAUCCGUAUGGGAUUAGGGCUAUUCAUAUCUUUCUUAGCAAUGGCGAUUUCCGCAACUGUUGAGCAUUACAGAAGGAAAACAGCGAUAAGCCAAGGACUUGCAAAUAACGCCAACGCAACAGUGAACAUCUCAGCGAUGUGGCUCGUGCCUCAGUAUGUGCUACACGGCUUAGCAGAGGCCUUGACGGGGAUAGGACAGACAGAGUUUUUCUAUACCGAGUUUCCUAAAAGCAUGUCGAGUAUAGCGGCUUCGCUGUUCGGUCUUGGAAUGGCAGUGGCUAAUGUCUUGGCUAGUGUGAUCCUCAAUGUGGUCAAGAAUAGCUCAAAGAAAGGCAAAGAGAGCUGGAUUGAAGAUAAUAUCAACAAGGGUCACUAUGACUAUUACUAUUGGGUUUUAGUGAUCUUGAGCUUCGUUAAUGUCGUGUAUUACGUGGUGUGUAGCUGGUCGUAUGGUCUCACGAUGGAUCAGGUGAGGAAUGAUAAGGUUAAUGGUGUGAGAGAGGAAGAAGGGGAAGAGGUUAAAUUAAACUAAGAUCCUAUUGGUUAAUGAUUCAUGGUGUGUUAUAUAAUCUUAUAUAUUUGUAUGUAUGUAAUUAGAUUAUAUAUAUUUUAUGGAUUUGGAUUUAGGAAGUAGAGGAUUAUAUUAAUGGGUGUGUUUA